GUCAUAACCUCAACGACCACGAGGUCAUCGAAUUAGAUCCGCCUCCAAACCUUCUUCACCUAAAUGGAGCUAGCGUACCCGCAGAUCGCUCGGGUGGCGGUGGCCGAGCGACAAACACCCCCGCAACUUUGCCUAGAGCCAAGCGUGAGGGGAAAGAAACGGAGGCGGAGAUCAAUUACGAUGAAAUGGUUGUCAGACACGAAUCUGCGGGUCCGGAGACGAACAAAAUGCCAGGAGACUCGAGACGGGCGAAGAAAAAACCGAGCAGCAAAGCUGCGAGGGUACUUUUGAUUUGUCCAUCACUUGAUUGUACUUCGCGGCUUCUUUUGGCCUUGGUUUCCAUCAAAAUUUAAGUCAAUGUUCCACAGCGAUUCCACCCCCAAUAAGUUUAUUCAGAUCUCAUCUUUACUACUCCCGAAAUUAUCUAUGUAGGACGAUUCGAGUAAGAGCCGUAGCCGACGCGCGACCGACGAGGAGGGUCAUGUUCUAAACGCCUGGGUGGAAGAAACGGU